AUGGAUUCAGAGCGUACCCCGGGAACACUGAACACUACCCCAGAACCUACCCUGGGAACACUCAACACUUCCCCAGAGCCUACCCCAGGAACAAUGGACACUACCCCAGAACCUACCACGGGAACACGGAACACUACCCCAGAGUCUACCCCAGGAACAAUGAACACUACCCCAAAGCCUACCCCGGGAACACUGAACACUACCCCAGAGUCUACCCCAGGAACAAUGGACACUACCCCAGAACCUACCGCGGGAACACGGAACACUACCCCAGAGUCUACCCCAGGAACAAUGGACACUACCCCAGAACCUACCGCGGGAACACGGAACACUACCCCAGAGUCUACCCCAGGAACAAUGAACACUACCCCAAAGCCUACCCCGGGAACACUGAACACUACCCCAGAGCCUACCCCGGGAACACUGAAUAGUACCCCAGAACCUACCCUGGGAACACUGAACACUGCCCCAGAACCUACCCUGGGAACACUGAACACUGCCCCAGAACCUACCCCGGGAACACUGAGCAGUAACCCUGAUCCUACCCCGGGAACACUGAACACCGCCCCACAACGUACCCCGGGAACACCGAACAUUGCCCCAGAGCUUACCCCAGGAACACCGGUUAAUCCUCACACUCGGUCAUGCACCAGCUGGCCUAAGUGA